AUGGCGGCCCCGCAGAAAAAUACGCGCGAAGAUGACCGCUUACGGCUUGACGGCUUCGAGAUCGAGAUCUUAAAAUUCGUGCAGGAGGAGGUGACUUCAGAUCAAUGGAAGCAGUGGCUUCGAGUACCUCUGGAGUAUGCCGCGGCUAGAGAAAACUUGGAUCUCUUCACUCGACUGAUGGACGCUGGUGUAGUCCGGGCUUUACUCGAAGCUGGGGCGACGGAUAAUGUAAACGUCGUCUUCGGACCUGAAGACGAAUCUACUCUCCACUUUGCAGCUGCGUGGGGUGCCGAGGAGGCCUCCAAGGCGCUCACGGUCGCUGGAGCAGACCCGGAAAUGAGUGACCGGCGGGGAUACCGUUCGCUCCACCUCGCUGCCGAAGCGGGGCACGACCGCGUCAUGAGUCUCUUUCUGCUGAAAGGGGCCCAAGUGGGCGCGAAGACAUGUUCUGGAGACACUCCCCUCACCCUCGCUGCUUCCAAGGGCCAUGCGCUACGCAUCUCUGAGCUCCUGCUGGGAGGCGCAGACAAGGACGUGGGCGGUGAUGGAAAUGUAACGCCUCUGUUCAAGGCGGCAUCCCACAACCAGCUCCGGGUUGUGAAACAGCUUUUGACUGCCGGUGCUGAUCGUCGCCGUAUCACAGACGACGGCUGGUCUCCACUGGAGAUUGCUUCAAACAAAGGUUACGCGAGCAUUGUGAAAAUGUUCCUCGAAACAGGAAGUGACGUCGACGCCGCGGAUGAUGAAGGACUCACCGCUCUGCACGGUGCCGCUACCAUUGAUGGCCCUGUCCAUGACAACGGUGCUGUUGUCCGUGUACUUUUGGAAGCUGGGGCUGAUGUCAGCGCAAAGGCUGACCAAAAUUUGUUGCGGCAUCCGCCGCUUCAUCUGGCCGUAGAUGCUCGGACAUCAUCGAUCAGGACGAUCCGCGCCCUGUUGGAGGGAGGGGUCAACAUCAAUUCCCUGGUUACAUAUGCCGAGACGCCACUGUACGUAGCCUGCUGUUACUCGAACGGGGCGGCUGUGGAGCUGCUGCUACGUUGGGGGGCAGAUGAAACUUGGUCAAAUGACGAUGGAGCAAUCCCGAUAGACGCGAUAGGAGCGAAUGAUAUGAGGACGACGUCAUGGCGUCGUCGCGACUGGCUGGUGCUGAGCCGUUCCUGCUCAACCAGGGUGGCAAGGGUUAGCGGCGAGGAUUCGGGUGGGGUCGAUGAGGAGACGGAAGACCAGAUGAUGGUCGACUGGAGGGAUUUGGUGGACAGGCUUAUCGGACUGGAGGUUGACGGGUUGUUCCGCUCGGUGGUGGGCUUUCUAUGA